UCCCGCCUCCUACGGCAAGUCGGAGGUAGCAAGAUGGCUGCCGCUGGGGCAAACUGUGGUGUUGGGGCCGACGCGGACCGGGAAUUGGAAGAGCUUCUGGAAAGUGCUCUUGAUGAUUUCGAUAAGGCCAAACCCUCCCCAGCACCCCCUCCCACCACCACGGCCCCUGCUGCUUCGGGACCCCAGAAGAGAUCGCCAGGAGACACUGCCAAAGAUGCCCUCUUCGCCUCCCAAGAGAAGUUUUUCCAGGAACUGUUCGACAGCGAGCUGGCUUCCCAAGCCACUGCAGAGUUCGAGAAGGCAAUGAAGGAACUGGCUGAGGAAGAACCCCACCUGGUAGAGCAGUUCCAAAAGCUCUCAGAGGCUGCUGGGAGAGUAGGCAGUGAUGCGACUUCCCAACAAGAAUUCACUUCUUGCCUAAAGGAGACACUAAGUGGACUAGCCAAGAAUGCUACUGACCUUCAGAACUCGGGUAUGUCAGAAGAGGAGCUGACCAAGGCCAUGGAAGGGCUGGGCAUGGAUGAAGGGGAUGGGGAAGGGAACAUCCUCCCCAUCAUGCAGAGUAUCAUGCAGAACCUACUGUCCAAGGAUGUGCUGUACCCAUCACUGAAGGAGAUCACAGAAAAGUAUCCAGAAUGGUUGCAGAGUCACCGGGAGUCUUUACCCCCAGAGCAGUUUGAAAAAUAUCAGGAGCAGCACAGUGUCAUGGGCAAGAUAUGUGAGCAGUUUGAGGCAGAGACCCCCACAGACAGUGAGGCCACUCAGAAGGCUCGUUUUGAGAUGGUGCUGGAUCUUAUGCAGCAGCUACAGGAUUUGGGCCAUCCACCAAAAGAACUGGCUGGGGAGAUGCCUCCUGGCCUCAACUUUGACCUGGAUGCCCUCAAUCUGUCGGGCCCACCAGGUGCCAAUGGCGAACAGUGUCUGAUCAUGUGAAACACAACACGUUUUCCUCCCUGAUUCCCAGCCAUGGGGAACAUCUGGAGUCAGCAGAACCACUGGGAGCUGAGGCAGGAGUGUCAUCUGCAGGAGCGGUCUUCCCACUGCCCUCUGUCAUCCCAUCCAAGAUUGUGCCAUACCAGCUGAGGCUUUUUCUCUGUCUUUCUAGGAAUGAGGUCUGUUCUGAAGGCCAUUUCUUUGAGCCCUAUCCAUUGUGGUUUCUGCUGCUAACCAAGGCCCAGCUACCCACCAGGUGAAGGAAGGCAUCCCUUUUAGGGCAUACACCUCCUUCCCUCUCCCAAAAUAAUGUUAUAUAUGGCCACACUGAUGUUCACCUUUGCACCCAGGGUUUUCGUGCCUUGUCUCUACUCCCUCUCUUGGAACUGGGGAGCAGGGACAGAGUCCUGGUAUUCUGUAUUUCUGUAGUUCUCUUGGGCAGGACCUUUGGGAAUGAAUGGGGAGAAACUUAGCCUGGGCUGAGGCUAUAGGUCUGUCACCAUGCCCUCUUGCCUCCAACAGACAGACUGUUCUGAAUUCUCUGAAGGGAAAGAAAGUGGGGGCUUUGCAUCUAAUCACAAUGGGGUUCAAAGAGAAGCCCUGGCAUUCUCCUCUGUCCAGGUGCUGAGCCCUUAACUCCCUGUUCCAGCCUGAGAACUCAAGUUGCUGCCCUGGUUCUUUCUACAGUGCUGUGUGAUCUGGGUGAACCCAGCUUUUGACCUUCCUUUCCCCCUACCUCUUCUCUUGUCUCCUCUCUUUUAUAAAUACCUGUUUAUUUCAACCUUUCUUUGAGCCCAAGCUGUGACAAAGAAGGGCUCUUCCUGUUUCUCCUCAUCUAGUCCAUCCGCCACUCUGCCUGGCCCCCUCUCUCCCUGGCAAACACAUAUAAUUAUAGUAUCAGGUCUAGGAAAUGAAUGACUGUUCUUCCCUAGAUGCAUUCUGGCAUAUUUGAGACGUCUGAUUCCUUUGAAUCCUGUCCCUUGAUUCAGGGAAGUGGCUUGGGAAAGGGGGUGGGGUGCAUUCUGGGUCCUUUUUCCUGACUAAUAAAUACUGUAAGUAAG